GGUUUACUCAGCACUUGGAGGCUCAGCUGCUUGAACGAAAGCGCGCGUGUUGUGACGAAGUAAAACCAUUGGAACAAUCUUCAUGUGUCGCUGAAACCAACAUUGUACGGUACCGAGGUGAGGCGGUGAAGGACAAAAAUGGUACAGUACCGAAGCGAGGGCUCGACAAAAGCCUUCCGAUAUCCAUGGACCAUUUCGCGGGAUUCUGUGCCACCACACGGGUACUCCGUACGGUGUUCGGGGACAUGUGGUCCGGUCGGAAUGAUGAACCGCGCCUCUGUUCAAAGGUCAGGCACAGUCCCUCUGUCGCAGUGGUUUGCUGUGCCUCAUAAUCAGACGAACCGUGCGGCUGUCAACUCCCGGACCUUCACGAAGGCGCAAUCAUCGAGUAUUGAUUUUGACAGGUGCGGCCCGGAACGGCGGAGAAAUGAUGGUGGGAAGGCGCAAGCACGUAUCAUCGACGCUGUUUUUCCUCCCCAGAUUGGGUACCAGGAAGAUCGCAUUAGAUGCAGCCAGCUAGUGUUUAUAGAUUGCACAUGCGGCGCCAACCCAGUCUGCUGGAGAGAUACGAUAAUCCAAGCGUUGUAUUGGAUCACAUAUCGAGGGAGCUGGCGACAAUUGUCAUGCAACUGCCACGAUAUAUUGAACAUGCAGCCAGAUUUUAGAUCAAUUGGUCCAUUCGGUGCAGAUACUUUGCUACGCGAGUUGGUCGGACAAGUCCUCACUGUCCGACGGCGUAUCGGCUAUAUUGGACUACAAUGCGGUGUGCAUGAUCGUUGCAUGUGCGCUUACUUCACAAGCCCGCUACUGCGACGCGAGUAUCCACCAUCGUCACCGACUUGCCAUAGAAUAGAAAAAAAGGAGUCAAUGGAUGAAGUGUUGAAUUUAGUGUCAGCCGAAUCGCGGACUGCACUUGUGAAAAGAGAAAAGAAAGCAAAAACGAAUAUGUCGUCCCUAGACGUCGAUGACAAUCACCAUUGGGUAUGA